AUGUGUCGCCUCCAUAUCGCCGCUCACCCCUGCGGACGCCGCGACGAGAGGCGCAUCGUCGUCUGCGAUCGCGUUCGCCGCCCACAACGCCGACGUACGCUGCAUCGAAACGCUGAGCUGUCGUCGCCGCUGUUGCAUCUGCCAUCAGCCCAUCCUCACCACCUCGUCACACGUCGUGUCGCCGCCAGCAUCGGCGCCGUCGCCUCCGCACCUGACUUCCGAGGCCGUCCCCAGCGGCUCCAGCGCUUCCUCCUCCUGGCAAUACCGGCUCCCUGA